UUAUGUGCUAUGGUGGUGCCUUAAACAUGUUCACUUAUGUGAUUUAUUAAUCCUGUAGAGUCCAUCGUUAGGUAUUAAGUAUUAAGAGAAACCAUUCACAGCGAAAAUGACAAGGACUGUUUUGAUUUUACUGGUGCUUUCUGCCGCAUGGACAACAUCGAUUCGGUGCCGGAGUUUACCACCAAGUGCACAAAAUUUGAUAGGCCACCAACCCGUUCGCAACCACUCACAACUUUUCGAUCGGUUCCCAAGCCCUAUCCCGGUCCCGCAACCCAGUUAUGGUUAUGUCGAUGGUUCUGUGGACGAUACGCAAAUCGAUAGGACAGCUUAAGCCCUAACGGAUCUUUGAUGUCGACCUGAACACAGUGGUAUGACAAUUGAAACCCAAACGGUCAGUGAAUUCUGCGUCGAUUACCAAACACCUUUCCGAGGAGUGUUUCGAUCGUACGGCUAAAGACCAAAGCUUGUCAAACCGUCCAAAAAUAUUGUCCAGACAACGAUCGAAUUAUGGUUACGAUGUCCGAGUACUGAGAAAACGUUAAUACGAAAUUGUAUGAGACGAGAUAGUCCUGAUCUCCCUUGGAUGUUGCGCCUUCUUGAUUAGUAUUAUAAUCACACUGACUAUCUGCUGUUGCAUAAACGAUAAGAGCAGCACGAGGAAAAUUUCCUGUCUAGAAAGACGAAGUUCUCCACCGAGCAUUAGUCUUUCACCCACAAUGGACUCCAGAAGAGUAGACAGCUUUUGCAGAAGGGAAAUCAGUUUCGACCCAGGAUCGUACAGGUGCAAAGAUACACACGACUCCGGGCCCGUGCUCAAGCUCGGACUUGGACUUGGACUAAUAAAACUUGGACUCGGACCACACUCGGACAUCUUAAUUUGGACUUUUAGAACUUGGAUUUCUAAACUGGGACUUGGACUCUUCAAGCCUCGGGCAAAGCUGUUUACAGCACUUCCCCGCGUAACCACCUCGUAUAGAGAAAACGUCUUCAUCCAAAACCGUGCGAUUCAAGCGCGAGAGGAUAGGAUUCAAAGGUCGGAAAAUUUUGUUCGCAUUUGGACUGAAACUAUUCGACUACGAACCGAUACUGCUCCAGCACAGAAGCGCAACAUUCUCAAGUGGAAGGAUGUAGCUAGAAUAAAUGCACACAGUGACAAAUGGGAACAGACUGGUUUUCAAACUGGAUUUUCCGUAACGGAUGACGAUCGGCAAAACGAAGUGGCAAAGUUCGAAGCCAAGGUGGUUAGCCAGAUGUUGUCAGAAACCUUUCUUGCAUGGGAGCACACUAUUGUAGCACCCGGAACGAUAACUGCAGUCCGAAAUUACAGCGUCUUGGCAUGGGAAAAUAUUGUUCAAGCUCAACUACUUGAUUUUGGAGCAGGGAAUACAAUCUAUCGUCGUCAAGCAUUUGCCUGCAUUCCUCGUGCAUGGGAUUUGAUUGUUCAGACUAUGUUGCCUUACCUGAUUGAUGUAGAGUUUUUUCGACAUUUCGUUACUGAUGAGCGUAACACCAGCACAAUAAACCAAUACACCACCAAAUUUCAGGGAGGGUUGAUGAAGUCAAAGAUGGCUAAAAGUAUCACUGAGAUAUGCAAAGAAAUUGCGCUACUUCCCAACCCUGAAUUUCUGUCUGCUUUAUGUCUGCUAUGGACAUGCCUUAGCCUCACCGUGUGCCACAUGGGAAACCUGAUUCAAGAUUUGGUAAAUCAAAGUAACAACCCGAUAAAGGACGACCCAGGCUCAAAAAUACUCAUGAACGAGCUAUCUCUUAUGAUGUUUCGGGAUUGCAUCGUGUGCCACGAAUUCAUCCGUACUAAACUUCGCACUGCCAUAAUGAACAAGAGGAAACACGAGGAAUUUCUCGGAGAAGGCAUCAUGCGCGGCAUUUAUGAUAUGCUAACUGACCUAGGAAAAGGAGCACCGUAUGUGUACGACACAAUCCUCGGAGAUCCUGAUUUGAUGCUGCUUUAUAACCGACUUUGGGGCCAGUUCAAAACUUGCGUCAUACAGAGGCAGGAUAUGAAGUUUGUUGAAAAAUAUAAUAUGCUUCUUGGAAAAAGCAAGAGUGAAGGAAAUAAGCCAGAGGAAAUUGUACUGUUUGGCAGAACGUGUCGCUAUAGCUACCGCAUCACGGACUAUCUUGGUGGGGGAAGCUUUGGUGCGGUUUAUGAAGGAGUUAUCACAGAGAGUGGCAAUUUUACCGGAGACGAACAACAACCAGUCGCAAUUAAGGUCGUAACUCUGGAGACGCAGUCAAAGCUAAUGGAAGACAAUAACAAGUGGACCUCUUGGUGCCGGCGGAUGAACACCAUCGUUGAGUUAAACCAUCCACACAUUGUUACUUAUCACAAAGUUACACUAGUAGCGGCGAGUCGAGGCGCUCUCGUCGAAAUUAUGAUGGAUUACUGCGAUGGAGAUUUGUCUGACCUUUUAGAACGACAGAAAAGAAUUCGGUUACAUGUCUCCACCGACGAAUCGACAAAGUUGUUACUGGAUUGUCCAGCAGUUGUGCGUUACGCUUCGGAAAUCGCUGACGGCUUACAGUUUCUUCAUUACAACGAUAUCGUGCACGGUGAUCUAAAACCAGCAAAUAUUCUCACACGGUUUAGCAGACAGGAGAUUCGGAUGAUAAUCGGCGAUUUGGACGAUAGCGUGCAGUUACAACGUUUUGACACUCGUUCUUGCGACAUCCAACAUAUUCGUGGAACAAUCCGCUAUAUGGCGCCAGAGGUUCUCCAGAAGCUUGUUGCACUGGCUCCGAAACUCCUGGACGGAAAUCUGACAUGUGGAGUUAUGGUUGUAUAAUCCUGGAGAUGGCUAAUUGUGCACUGGAGAUCCAUAAACAGUGGCUUUCGAAAGAAACUGAAAAGUGGGAAGCUGGACCCGCAAUGGAUGACUGUCAGUUCAUAAAAUUAAUAGCAGAAGACGGCUUUAUUCCAUAUGUUGAUGACCGUAUUCCUGCAGAAAUUGCCGAAUGUGUUCGCCGCAGCUUGUGUUUACUAAAGAAUGACAGAAGUUCUGCAAUGGAGUUGUUCAAAUUUCUAAACUUCAUUAGACAAAAUAGUUGCGACUAUGUGCUUCAAGUUGAUGAAUUUACGGCCUUGUAGGAUUACAAAUGGGAAUCAACUGGACUAACGGUGUGGAUUCCUUUAUUGUGAAAUUGUGAAAUAAUAACUUUU